AUGGCUAUUCGAGACACGAAUCACGACGAUCUCGUCCUCGAAACUCUUCAGUGGGCGAAACGACAGUGCCAAAAUCUAAAGGUCGACGGGCUUCCGGACUGCCAACAGCCGGAUGAGUGGCAAUUCUUGGUGGACGCCCUCCGGCUUUGGGUAGCUAUCAAACACACCACCGGGGAAAAUGGAGCUCUGAAGGGCUACUCGCUGCCUCAAUUUGUAGAGGAGCUUCAAUUCGGCGCAAACGUUCUCCUCGCGUACUGGCACUACUACCGCACCGAUGAAGAUCCCCUUGAAGUCGACUGUCUGGACCGGCACCGGUCCCGGCUGAUGGAUCUGACUGCUGAGCAGUUCACUUUUAUCCAAAAGAGUUGCAAGAAGUUGCGGGAGACAAGAGAGUUGUUUAGGGAUAUGACCAACUGGGACGAUCCGCUCUAUUGGUCAGUCAGCGCAAUGGACCAGGACAAGUUUGACUUCAUCCCCCUCUCGGUGGACCCCAAGACCAACGGCGUGUCUCCGGCCUCGCAACCGAACUCGCGUGCCCUCGAGGUAGAGCUCGCCUACCUCAACAUGCUCACCUUCACCCUCGGCCAGCUCGAGGGCCCGCUAGGCGUGCCCCCGCCGCCCAUCCCCGUGAACCCGAAGCGCAGCGCCGCCGUCACGCGGUUCCGGGACGCGGGCAACGCCGAGUUCCGCAAGGCCAAGUACGACGAUGCCGGCAAGGCCUACACAAUGGGGCUACAGGUGGCGCUCUCUCGCCCGCCCUGGGAACGGUCCCAGCUCGUGCGCGAGGAGGUAUCGGCGCUCUUCGCCAACCGCGCCCAGACGUGCAUGGCGCUGAGGAGGUGGCCCGAGGGCGCGGUCGACGCUGAGUCGAGCGUCGAGGCUAAGAGGGUAGGCAACACCAAGGCGUGGUGGAGGAGAGGGAAGUGUCUCAUGGAGAUGGGAAGGCUACAAGAGGCCAAGGAAUGGGUGGGCAGGGCUCUUGAAUUGGAGGGUGAGGAGGGCGACUUGGUUGGGCUCCUCAAGGAAAUCGACGAGAAGCUUAGCGAAAAGUCCAAGGCUGGGUCUUGA